AUGGAAUCUACAGGAUUGUUUCACGAUAAUUUUGAUAAAAUGUAUCAAGGUUCAUUUUCAUACAAAAAUAACAAUUCAAAUACGGUCGUGAUAGACCAUAAUAAUAAAGCAAUUCUCGAAAAUAUUGAUCCAACUAUUGCAAGAAUUUAUUUCGUUAAUAGCGGUGGAAACCAUAUCCAAAUUCCAAACAAUAUGACUUUUCGAGAUGUUACUAACAGCAAUAAUGUACCACAUACAAUAGUUAAUGAAAAUCAGAAACAACAGGUGAUCAAAAAGAUGAGAUCCGGAGCCUCUCCCGUCAAUAGUAGUACUAUUCCAACCACUAACCAUGCUAACUCAAACGAUGAUGUCGAUAGUGUGGAAGCAAGUCUCACAAGAGUUUCAAUUGAAGAUACAAAUACGAAUGAUAAUAGCAACAUUUAA